GGAGGCAAUUUUGUUUCCGUUCAAGGUCAAGGAUGGAUGGACUUCCUAGGCUCCCGGUUAUUAGUUUGCCUAUGAAAAAGUCUGAGUUAGUGCCUGAUCUACAGCCAUUGAAAAGGUACAUCGAAGUGCAAUAUCAACAAUCUCCUAGUCUCUUCGAGAAGGAAUUUAAUAGUUUUCUUAACUUACGAAAAUGUGCCUGCGAACCUUCUAUCGAUUACACUGGACUUUCUCAAUUGAAACGAUAUUAUGCUCAACUGCAGCUACUCAAAGGCAGGUUUCACUUUUCCGCUGCAAUGUGUACGGAUGUGACGUGGAAAUGGCAAGAUAUUUUUUCUGAUUGUCUCUUGGAGUCCUCGGAUAUUCGUUUAGAAGAAGCAUCCAUAAUGUAUAACAUCGCCGCCCUUCAUUCUAUUUUGGGUGUCAAAGAGAAGAGAGCAGAUGCAGAUAGUAUGAAAAUUGCUUGUACUCAUUUUCAAUGCGCCUCUUGGGCUCUAAAUACACUAGUCGAGCGUCAUCUGCCCGUAUCAGGUGCAACCGAUUUGACCAGUGAGCUCAUGCUACUCUUCGGGUCCUUGAUGCUAGCACAGGCUCAAGAAUGUGUUGUAGAAAAGUCUAUACUGGAUAACAGGCCGGCUAAUGUGACUGCUAAAUUAUCUCAGUACAUUAUGGAGGUUUACGAAAAUAUUGGUGCCCAGCUGUUAGGGUUUGAGUCUAAUGACAAAUUGGUCCUCCCAAAAUAUUCCAAAGAAUGGCGUCGUCGAUGUCAAAUAAAAACUAAUUUUUAUUCAUCGUUAACGGCUUAUUAUGCCGGUAUAAAUGAAGAAGAAAAUAAAGUUUAUGGCAAAGCUAUAGCAUGGUUUCAACUUGCUAAUAAUCAUAUGGAAGAUUGUAAGACGAAUGCGAAAAACUUCAAAGACUCAGAUAAUUUAUCUAUGACGGCUUCAGGUGGCACUUAUCGUGCCAGUGCCAUUUAUGCUGGAGAAGUGAUCUCUAAUAAGUUAACAAGUUCUACAAAAGAUAACGACUUUAUAUAUCAUGAGUUAAUUCCAAAGAUUGAGUCCCUUGAACAGAUUAAAGGAGUAUGUAUUGUCAAAGGCGUCCCAUUCGACCACAAUGAUAUCGAAGUCCGAGGUCAAGAUAUUUUCCAUCGACUUAUACCAAUGAAUGUGUUAGAGUCAGCUUCCAUAUAUAGUGAAAUGAAGGCAUCACUUCUGCGUACUUUAACUGGUGAAGUUGAUACAAAAGAAGAUGAGUUAGAUAAAUUUUUAUCUACGCUGUAUUUGGAUUCAACAAAAAUGUUAGCACCAGAUCCACCUUUCCCUCAAUCACUUUACAAUCUAUUCGCUCGUAUGGAUGCUGUAGAUAGAGAUCCUAAUGGUGAAUUGUCGAAACAAUUAAAAAGCUUGGUAAACCUGAGUGAUGAUGGCGAUAGUGAAUUUGAAAAUCUAUCUAUUAAAAUGAAAGAUAUGGAAGAAUUUUUCAAUAUACUAGUCACAACUAAAGGAAGUGAGAAAACAAAAAAUUUCAGUAUCAUUGUUAAAAAUUUUAAAGAACGAUUUAAAAAUCUUUCGGUUGCUAAUCAACAAGCGAAACAAUCUAAUAAUCAAUUAAAAGAAUUAAUCACUAAUCAAUUACAAUCAUUUGAUAAUAUAUUAAAAAUAUCAUUAGAAGAAUUUAUAAAGAAAUUACCAUCUGUAAAUCAUCUAAUUAAUGAUUCAACACUGAAUAAGAUCUCAAAUGAAUCUCAAAGAUUAUUUAAUAAAGUUUAUGAAAUGCGUCAACAACGUGUUGAAUUAAUUCAUAAAUUAAGAACUAAUUUACAUAUUGAUGAUGUUAAUAGUGAUCUACUUAUUAUUUCUGAUCAUGAUAAACAUAAUAUAAAUAAUUGGUUUGAUAAUCGUUUAAAAGCAAAACAUUAUGAUCUUGUUAAUAUUAUUAAACAAAAUUUAAAAGCACAAGAUAAUAUUCAAUCAGCUUUAAUUGAUUUAAAUGCUGAAUUUGCACCAAAAUGGACUGAAUUAUCAGAAAUUCGAAUCAAACGUUCUGAACAAAUCGAUAAUAUAUUAGCUGCUGGUGAAGCUUUUGAUGGUAUUCUGUCUAAAUCAAAACAAGGCAUUGACUUUUACAAUACAUUAAUCAAUCAAUUGAAAGAUCUUGAUAAAGAAGUUGAUCAAUUUAUUGAAGAUCUUAAUAAACAGUUACGUUUAUCAAUGGAUGAAUUGUCAAAACCUAUAUCUAAUCUAACAAUUGAGACUACACCUCGAUUACCGACUGUGUCAACGCCUUCAUUUCCAACACUUGGCGACUAUAUGAAAGCGAUGCGCCCAACCGCAGUACCUACUCAUCCUAAUAUGUAUAUGGGACCAAUGGGAUGGCCUGUGUCAACACUGACUUCAAGCCAACCAAGUCAACAGUUAAAUUUACCCACGAAUCCUGUUACUGUGUCUUCACAAUUCCCUACAACUUCUAUUUCACCGAAUCAUUCUGUAGUUAAUUCGUUUAUUCCAUCUGUGUCACCUGAUGUUUACUAUCAACAAACAAAUAUUAGUCAACCUUUUCCAUACCAUCCCACUUCUCAGCCCCCUUUUAGAGGUCCUAUGUCAUAUACACCACUGUACAACUCUCAACAGUUUCCAGCAACUGGUGUUAACAUUCAACCAUCUACUAUUCCGAUGCCUGGUUCAUCAUAUGCUGCAGGAUUUCAAACAACCAAUCCAAUGCAAACCACUGUUCGUCCUUCACCCACUGUAACUUAUGGCGCUCAUCAAGCUGCCAAUAUGGUAAAUCCUUUGGUACCUCCAAGUCAACGACCCAUUACUUCUUUUCCACAAACUACGAACAUACUUCCCUCACAACCAAAUAAUUUAUCUAGUACAUUCGAAUCUAGAUUUCUUAUGAAUAAUCCCCGAAUUCCUGUUCUCUCGUCUACAACAACAUCGUCACUAUCACAAUUUCCUGUACCUGUUAACAGUCGAUUCUCACAGCCUAACUUUAUUCAAACUUCCAUUCAAUCAACUAAUCCUUUAGUUCCACCAAAUUAUGCAUCAAUAAAUUCUAACCAGUUUCCUCCUCAGUCUGCUUGGCCAAAUCAAUCAAUCAAUAAUAAUCUGACUUAUCAAAAUCCUCCUCAAAACUAUUCAAAAACAUUACCUACAGAAAAUUUCAGCAUGGUCGGUAUUCAAUAUCCUCAAUCGAAUUCAUCUUUUCCAAAUACAUUAUCAUACCAGAAACCAAUAUCUCAUAUAAAUAAUUCCCCUGUGAAUUCUGGGCAAAUUUCGAUUGCAUCACAACACUCCUAUACGACUCUGCCUAAUCACAACCAGUCCAUACAUCCUGUUUCACAAUGUAACACUAAUGUAACAACACAGUCAUUAUUACCAACAAAUGUAACUCAGACUUAUCCAACUUCACAGUAUUCUGAUAGUAACAGUAAUAAUUCAACUGAACAAAAGUCAGAUCAAAUUAAACCAUUCAAUUCAGUUCUGGAUACCGAUAAUGAUACCUAUUUAUCAUCUUCUAGGUUGAAAUCAAUGUCUCCUAUUGAACCACAAGUUUUAACUAAAGAUGAUUUAGAUGCGAAACUAAGAGAGGAACGUUUACGUGAGGCCUAUUCAGGUAAUCCAAAUUCUCCGUCAAUACCGACUUCUACGUCAAAUUUUAUCAAAUCGUUAUCAUCAUCAUCAUCCAAUCCUACAACUGUCAAUGAAAGUAAAAACUCCUCUUUAAAUCCAAUCAAAUCUGAUUCACUUACAUCUUCAAUGGUUACAUCAAAUCCUGUUAACUGUCAAUCAGUUUUAUCAAAAUUUCCACCACCAGAACUAUUAUCUGAUCCACUUGUAUUAAAUCGUUUUAUCGCAUCUGCUGAAUUACUUCUUACAUGGUUAGAAAAUCCCAAUGAAUUAAUUUCUACCGGAGAUCUCGAUUACCCAAUAACUUCUUUAUCAAAUCUUACUAAUACUCAUACUAAUACGAUAACUCGAUUAAAUAAAGCAUGGCAAAAAGUACAAACACUUGCUAAUAAUUUUACAACUUCUAUUUAUUUCAAUGGUAAACGACCAACACAUGCAAUUGCUUUAUGUUGUCCAUUAAAAAAUCGUAAUCAAAAUUUUGUUCCCUAUGAUAACAAUCGUGUAAUAUUAAAAUCAUUAAAAAAUGAUUAUAUUAAUGCAAGUCAUAUUGAUUUUCAAAAUAAUUUAGGUGAAUGGUGUCCACGAUAUAUUAUUACACAAGCUCCAAUGAUUAAAACAGUAAUUGAUUUUUGGACAAUGAUACUUGAACAAAGUUGUGAAAUUGUAGUCACAUUAAUACCAUCACGUAUUAAUCAUACUAUUAAUUCAUUUGGUGAAGGAGCUUUUAGUGAUGAAAAUGAUCCAUUACGUAUUCCAGUUUAUUUACCAAUUAAUAAAACUGGUGCUAGAUUAUUAUUACCUGGAAGUAAUUUAGAAAUUCGAUUACAAUCAAUUAAACAAUCUUAUAUUGAAGGAAAUGUAAUAUCACAAGAUAAUAAUAAUAAUGAUAUUGAUAUAAAUGAUUCAAAUCGUAAUUCAAAUUCUUUAACACAACAUCAUCCAUGGACUGAACGAAUUAUUACUGUACAAGAUUUAAAUACAAAAAUAACACGUAGUCUAGUUCAUUUAACAUAUCAUCAUCAGUUUCCUUUAAAUAUUCCUUUAUCAGCAGAUUAUAACAAUAAUUCAAUUAAUGAUCCAAAUAUUAUACAAUUAGUUGCAUUCAUUAAUCAUGUACAUAGUUAUUAUAAACAACAACGUAAUUUAAUUCGACCUAUAGCAGUUGUUUGUGAAUAUGGUGCUGAAUUAAGUGGAAUAUUUGUUAUUGCAUCAGUUGGUAUAUUACAUGCAGAAAUGUUAGGUAGAAUGAGUGAUGUAUUCACUAUAGCUGGUUAUCUAUGUCAACAACGUUAUGGUGUAUUAAAUAAUUCAUGUCAAUUAUAUACUGCUGCUCGAUUAAUUGGUUAUUCAGCUAUUGAAACAGUAGCUAAAAAAGAUGUUGUUAUUGGACCAAGACAUAGACCAUCAUCAACACUGACAACAACAACAACCAAUAACUCGAAAGCAAGUAACUCAAUCAUUAAUUCAACACAAUUCAACAUGACUAAUCCAUUAGAUAAUAUUUUCUCAAAACAAUCUUUAAAAUUAGAUGAUUUAAUCUCAGUAGUUGAUAAAUGGUCUGCGUCUAAUAAAUCUGAAUCAAUUACUUCUUCUAAUGUAGAAACUGAAAAUAAGUUUACUAGUUCUAAUUUGGAAAAUGAUGAUUCCAAUCAAGCUACAUUGAAGAAUGAAAUGCCUGUUAAUGUUGAACAACAACCACAACAAAAAUCGAUUAAUGAAUUGAAUGUAAUUCCUUCAACGAUUGUAUCAUUAUCAGAUAAUCAAUCUAAUUUCUUAUUAUCACAAUCCUCAGAAAUCAAUAAACCGGCCAAUGAAUCUAAACUACCUGAACAUUUAGUUAAUUUAAAUAAUUUAACUAAAAAUUCUACAAAUAAUAAACGUUAUACUCGUCAAGAUUUUGAAAAUCAUUUCAAUUCUACUACGACAAUGACAACCACAACCACAACAACAACUACUACUAAUACUACUGAAAUACAUCAUCAUGAAUUCGAGUUCAAUUCAAAUGAUCCAUUGAAUAAAUUAGAUCCAUUAUGGAACUCGAAAUUACUUGAUGAUGAUCAUUCAGUGAAUUCUUAAUACGUUGAAUUUUCUUUUUCUUUUGUUUUUUUUUGAGCUUUCUCUUUCAUCUUUUUGUCUUAUUUUGAUUUUGUUCAAUUGUAUUAUUAUGAUUAUGAUUAUUAUUUAAAAGAUGAUUUAUUUUUUAAUC